CGUCGCCAGGCCCAGCGAAGUUUUCCUUCCUUGUUUGCAAACGUCCCCGAAGAUUUAGGCUUGCGAACGGGUAUAUCGGGAGGCGACGGAGAGAUUCUCUUCUGGGGAGGGGCGGAUAUGGAGAGUCCUCCAGAGAAACCUUUAAAAGCAACGAGAGGGGAUUGCCAGAAAGGCUUUCGUUGCCUGGGCAACGGGGAGCCAGCCCGGGGGGGGCGUCACGGGGAGGAGGGGUCGUUGCCAUGGGACACGGGAGGGAAGCAGAGGAUAGAGUUGGUGGGUCUCUGGAUAGUUUUCGUUGUGGGGUUGUAACUCUGGGGAAGGGGCCAUAUGCUGGGUCAAGUGUUGCUGGACGGUACCAGUAAGACUUUUGUUGGAAAGAUGGAGGGUGUAGGGGUCAUUUUGGUCAAUAUGAUAAAUUCUGGACCAACAACUGUGUCAUACCACAGUAUCACAAAACAGCGAGUGCAGCCUUUUGAGCGCUACAUGAUGCUUCAUCACCUGUCUGGUUAGUUCUGAGAAAAGCCUAAUUGGCUGCUGGCAUUUAAACUCUAAAUGAAAAUAAAUCUGUAUGCAAAAAUAGCAGAGUAUCUGGGCUGUGUGGCUAGUAGGUUUUGAUCCUAACGUUUUGCUUGCAUCUGUGGUUGGCAUCUUCGGAGAUAUGGUACCGUAAGAUGUGUUUCUCUCCAAGGUACAGUAUGUGCCACAGUGAGAAACACUUCUUACUGUGACAUGCCUUUGAUGAUGCCAGCCAUAGAUGCGAGCAAAACAUUAAGAGAUACAUCUACCAGACCAUGACCACACAGGCCAGAAAACCCACAACAGCCAGUCAAUUUCAGCUGUGAAAACCUUCGGCAAUACAGAGUAUCUUUUCUUGGGACAUUGUGGUGCAGUGUACCAACUUUAGAGAUCAGGAGAACUCUUCUGGAUGAAUGUUAAAUAAAACAGGGACAGGUUCCUAAAUACGUAAACCGUUCUUCCUCCUUUUCGUCCUCAGACGCACAUAUUGGGGCUAGAGAAUGGAUGCGGGUGGACGUCCUUCAACUGGCCAGGUCAUUCUCCUGGCUACCAGCUCAGCUGUCACAGCAAUUUUGUAUGCCAUUUACAGGCAAAAGUCAAAAGCUGCUCACAGCCUGAAGGGAGCCAGAAAGGUCACCUUAGACCAGGACCUGAAAAGUAUUCUUAUGGAAGCACCUGGAAAGUGUGUCCCUUAUGCAGUGAUAGAAGGUGUUGUGCGAUCUGUUAAGGAAACCCUCAACAGCCAGUUUGUGGAAAACUGCAAGGGAGUGAUUCAGCGGCUGACAUUGCAGGAGCACAAGAUGGUGUGGAACCGGACCACACACCUCUGGAACGAUUACGAGAAGAUCAUUCACCAGAGAACGAACACAGUGCCCUUUGACUUGGUACCCCAAGAAGGCAAAACUGAUGUCGCCUUGAGGGUGUUGAAACCCCUGGACGCCACCGAACUCAGCUUGGAGACAGUUUAUGAGAAAUUCCACCCCUCUGUCCAGUCCUUCACCGACGUGAUCGGUCACUACAUUAGUGGGGAGCGUCCCAAAGGCAUCCAGGAGACAGAAGAGAUGCUGAAGGUGGGGGCGGUACUCACUGGUGUGGGGGAGUUGGUUUUGGACGACCGCACCAUCAGACUGCAGCCCCCCAAGCAGGGGAUGCGGUAUUACUUGAGCAGUCUGGAUUUUGACUCCUUGCUUCAGAAGCAAGAAUCCAGUGUCCGGCUCUGGAAGAUCCUGACAGUGGUUUUCAGUUUUGCCACCUGCGCCUUGUUCCUGUUCUUACUACACAGACAGUAUCGCCAUUACCGGGAGAAGCAGCACUUGCGGCAGAUGAGUGAGAUGAGCGGAGCAGGCGGCGACGCAGCUAGCAACGCUUGUGUCAUCUGCCUGAGUAACAGCCGGUCUUGUGUCUUCCUGGAAUGCGGGCAUGUGUGCUCUUGCGACAAAUGCUACCAAGCUCUCCCCAGGCCCCCCAAAUGCCCCAUUUGUAGACAGGAAAUCACAAGAGUCGUGCCCUUAUAUAACAGCUGAACGUUGCCAUCUAAAAAGACUUCGGAAGCAAGCCUUCUUAUACAGAGCGUUCUUUGAAUGUUUCGCAGUGAUGCUCCGCAGAGGAUGCUGGAGUUGGCUGGCAUUCACUGGCUCGCCUUCGCUUCCUGCAGCUGCAGACUGGAUCAAGCCAUAUUUGCUGAGAAGAGGCUUCUAAAAUGGUGGCUGCUUCUGAUUUUUGGACUGCGGGCUUCAACUUUGGUGGGCGCGGUGUCCAAAUAGAGGUUUUCCUCAAUUGAGAAUUCACAUGUACACAAUUGUGUGUUACUAAUCCUUCUUGUUUCCUGUACCAGAAUUAACAGGACUGUGUUUCUGGCCCUUAUGUUCCUUUUGAACCACCCAUUGCCAGUACCAUAGGUGCGUUUUACACAAAACAAACUAAAAAACCUCCAGUUCUGUGUGAAGACACUUCAACCUCUGGGCGCAAAAUACAUUACGUGAAUUUCA